UUGCAAUAUUUUCCCAACCACUUCCACCACUUCCAAAACCCCAAUGGCCCUUUACAUUAUUGCCUCCUCUUAAUUCACUUCUUAUAUAUACUUUCACACCUUUGCAUGCAAUUCAUUCCUCACCAAAUACACUUAUUUUGGCCCCUCUCGUCUUCAAAACUUGCUUGCUAAUCACCAACCAAAACAUAGGCAUCCUCAUCACUAGCUUCUUGAAAAAUGGCAUGUAAGAUACUUAUUGGCCUUCUUUUCUUAGCUUUUUUAGCAGCAACAUCUGCUACUAAUAAUUUCAGUCAAUACUUUGAUAUCACAUGGGGUAAUGGCCGUGGCAAAAUCCUCAACAAAGGUCAACUUCUUACACUGUCUUUAGACAAAGCCUCUGGCUCUGGAUUUCGUUCCAAAAAUGAAUACUUGUUUGGAAAAAUCGACAUGCAACUAAAGCUUGUGCCCGGUAACUCUGCUGGAACAGUCACAACUUAUUAUCUAUCUUCUCUUGGGGAUUCUCAUGAUGAAAUAGAUUUUGAAUUUCUUGGUAACUUAAGUGGUGAUCCUUAUAUUGUUCAUACAAACAUUUACGCACAAGGGAAAGGAAACAAAGAACAACAGUUUUAUUUGUGGUUUGAUCCCACCAAGGACUUUCACACCUACUCCAUUCUUUGGAAUCCUCAAAGCAUCAUAUUUUCUGUGGAUGGGACUCCUCUAAGGGAAUUCAAGAAUUUGGAAUCAAAAGGUAUUCCUUUUCCUAAAAGUCAAGCAAUGAGUAUAUAUUCAAGCCUUUGGGAUGCUGAUAAUUGGGCCACAAGGGGUGGCCUGGUGAAAACAGAUUGGGCCCAAGCCCCAUUCACUGCUUCAUAUGGAAAUUUCAACAUCCAAGCUUGUGUUUGGACUUCUUCUUCAGGCUCAUCUUGCUCUUCCAAAACUCCAUCUUCAAGUAAUCAAACAUGGAUGAAGCAGUCUUUGGAUUCAACAGGGCAUGCUAGGAUUCAAUGGGUGCAAAAGAAUUACAUGAUUUACAAUUAUUGCACUGAUACUAAACGAUUUCCUCAAGGUCUUCCUCCUGAAUGCUCACUUGGUUGAACAUAAAACUAUAUAUAUAUAUAUAUAUAUAUAUAUAUAUAUAUAUAUAUAUAUAUAUAUAUAUAUAUAUAUAUAUAUAUAUAUAUAUAUAUAUAUAUAUAUAUAUAAACUAUGCAUUCAAUUGUAUGUAUAAUAGUAUAUAAAUGAGAUUAUUUUAUUUUGGGACUAAUAAAUUUGAUGGAGAAAAGCAUAAUAAAAAAAGAAUUGUAGACUUAUCUUGUUUUUUCUUCUUCUUAAUCUUAUGAAAGAAUCAAGGGUCAAGUUAAAAAUAUUAGAACAAGAAAUUAAUAGAAUACAUGUUUAUAUCUAGAAUGAAGGAAGGAAUUCAAAAUUCUUUCAUUGCUGGUCAACAAACUCCAUAAUAGUUUAAGAAGCAUCCUUGGUUGA